CUUUUGUCUUAAAAGUUUUCUAUUUGUAGGAGGGAAGUGUCCUUAAGAGAUUCUGCAAUUUCUGACCUUUCUUCGUUGGAGUUGUACAAUAUAUUUUUAAGAACCAGGAAGUAACCAUGACAAAAUUUUGAAUGUCACAGCUUUUGUUUGAAUAUUACAGAAUUGUGAAGAUACUCAAUGCUACUGCUCAGAAGUCUUAACAUGACUAUAAGGGUCCUGGAAUGUGAACUGAGGUCGGGGUGUACUUUUUCCUGAGGUUUGACUUCAUUUCAGACAGUUCGUUUUGCUGAACUGAAAGAUGAGCUGCGUCCCCUGGAAAGGAGAUAAGUUAAAACUGGACUCCGAUGUGCAGCCACCCACUUUGAUUUACCAUGAGAAGCAGAGAAGAGAGCUGUGUGCACUUCAUGCUCUCAACAAUGUCUUCCAGGACGGGAGGGCAUUCACCAGAGACACACUGCAGGAGAUUUUUCAGAGGUUGUCUCCAAAUACCAUGGUAACGCCACACAAGAAGAGCAUGCUGGGAACAGGAAACUACGAUGUUAAUGUGAUCAUGGCUGCUCUUCAAACUAAAGGUUACGAAGCUGUUUGGUGGGACAAACGAAGAGAUGUUAAUACUAUCGCCCUUUCAAAUGUGAUGGGCUUUAUCAUGAACAUCCCCUCCAGUUUGUGUUGGGGUCCCGUGAAACUUCCCCUCAAACGCCAGCACUGGAUCGGCGUCCGCGAGGUCGCAGGAAUCUACUACAACCUCGACUCCAAGCUGAAAUUGCCGGAUCAGAUCGGCAACGCGGACGAGCUCAGAAAGUUCCUGAAACACCAGCUGAGGGGAAAGAACUGCGAGCUUCUCUUAGUUGUAAGCGAAGAGGUGGAAGUUCAUCAGAGCUGGAGGAUAGAUGGUUGACAUGAGGAAUCCCAAUCAGACCAAUCUUUGUAGCCACUACAGCUCUGCGUUCAAUGGACAGAACCAAAAACUCCAACCACAAUGCAUAUGGAAGAUUUUAUCAGAGGAAAAGUACAUUUUAUUUCAGGUCUGCAUAUCUUAAAAUGACUCGGUGGCCUAAGUAUCCUACACAAGAGUUGGUGCUUUUUUUAAACAAAAUAUAUUAUAUAAACUACUCGAUGUGUAGAAAACUUGAUGAGGGACAAUAAGUGUUUUGUUUUUGUCUUGUUGCUUUAGGAAAAGAAAGUGUAUUAUAUAUAAAUAUCACAAAAUGAGGUAAAAAGAUUACGGCGGGCCAGGUAACGACCUCUGGGUCCAAGGCUAAAUUAAAGCAAAAUUUCAAUUGAGCAGCAUGCUCCCCUUCACAUUAAUGUCUCACUAAAUUCCUUGCUCUAGAGAGUUUUCUAAGAAACACAGAAGAUGCUGCAAACACUCAGUUUUUCGGGCAGCAUCUCCCGAAAAAGAGAGAGCGAGAGAGAAAAACAGCUAAUGUGAUAAUACUUCAAGGAGUGGAUGCAUGAUUUCAUAUUUCUGCCCCAGCACAGAUACAUCGAUAGCUUGUUAAUGUUUUCUAACUGAGAAUUAAAAAAGAUUAGAUUUCUAAACAUUUGCUUAAACAUUAGGAAACCAAAAAGAGAUCGUUGCCAGUUGUGUUGCUAAUAUAAAGAUGACUGGGAGAGUGCUUGUGUUGGCCAAGAUGGUCUACUUUUUUUUGUCCAUUCGGCCUUUGCACUCAGACUUAAAGUGACAAAUCAAGUUUUAAAUUGUUUUUGGCUCCUUGUUUGUUAAAAUGGACACUAAACUUGGUGGCUGCAUUGACAAUCUGGUCAAGAGUAGAGGGCACAUUUGGGAUCCUGUUGGAAUUGGGUUUCUAAUUGCUUUGUAGCUUGAUAAAAAUACGUGCAACAUGUUACUGCUGGUGAUAAUUUUUCUGUGCAAAUUGAAUGCCCCAUUACUUGAAGUACUUCACACUAAUGAUAUCCAGGGAGAUACUGGAUGUCAUUAGUGACAUCCAUCUCCUGGGAUGGGUAGAUCACCUGCUUUAUACCCACUUGGAUUAGACUCCUGUCACAUCAAGUAUAAAGUCAGCCAAUCCUGUCUUGGAGGGCUAGAUCAGAACUCACCCGCCCCCAAACCCAAACCGCAUCAGAGGACAGUCAACAAAACUCCAAAAUCAGAACUUUGAACUCGGUCUAACAUCAACCAAAAUGAUCUGGGAUGAUGAGAUAAUAUGUCGUACAGAACAAUUAGGCACUCUUAUGGCACCUUAAAUUGUUUUGACAAUCCAUUUAAAAAGUUUCUAAAUUCACAGAUGUUGAAGAUUUUAUCUAAGUAAAUUUAUAUAUGACAUUUUACAGCUGAAUCACUGUAGCUGUAGACACUGCAGACUGAACAGACUUGUUCUGGAGGUUGAGGGUGUAUACUUGCACUAGGGUUUGCCAAUAGGUCAGACACCUAAUAUGCUCUUGUGUGUCCAUCCUCCACAUUCUGUAUGGGGUCAAGUUCAGCUGAAGGAUCAUCCUUGCUCCUUGCUUUGCCUUGUCCUGUGGACAGUAUGACACAAUGAAGAAGUAUUGUGGAACAUGGGUGACGCUCAUCAUUGAAGCCAUGUUUGACCACAAACAUUGUUCAGCUGGGUACAUAGUUACUCUGGGGCAGGCUUCCCUGGAAUUGGUUCUGUCAUUAUUGACAUGUCGCUAUCACCAUGUCAGUAACUUGUCACAAUGUGCUUCAAAAAUGACUGCAAAUUAAAAUCCUCCCAGUAAUAUCCAGAUAGACGGCAGAAUUAUUUGGGUUCCCAGCAAUGAACAGAGGAAAAUGAAAAGGACGAUCCCUCUGUCCUUCAGUAUCUGAUCUUUCAGCUGGACUUGACCCCAUACAGAAGGCGAUAAGAAUAGAGCAAUGCAUCAAGGUGCACACACAGUGCAUCAUGACUGUCGUGUGACUCAAAAAUGACUGCUUAUCUAGCUAAGUAAAAUCCUCCCAUUAAUAUCUAAGUAGAGGGCAUGAAAGACACAUGUACAUUUCUAUAGCACCUUUCCUAACCUCAGGUUGUCCUAAAGUGUUUCACCGUCAAUACAUUCUUUUGAAGUAUAGAAGGAGUGAAAUUAAAGAACCCAGUGACUUCUCUCAUCCACACUUUGUGAACUUGCCUCUGUUUAUUGCAAGCUAAAGAUUAGUUUAAGUACAUGUGAAUGAGGUGACCUGUGGGUUAACUUCAUUUGUUUAGAUAAUGAAUGUAUGAAUUUUGCAGAAAAUCCACAGAGAAGGGAGUUCCCUUGGUUUGCUUCUCUGACCCAGUUUCUGAUGAGCAAGUUCAACAAUAAUGGGAAAUGUUUGCAUGCCCUUGAGCUUAGGCUCUAGAAAGCAAUAGUUUUGUCAGUUUAUCCCUUCACCAGGAAGGUUAUUAUUGAAGCACUGGUGUGUAGGUUCAGUUCCAGAGUAAGGCUGCUGAUUAGACCUAAGUACCAUUCUCCCAAGUUCCUGUGUGGGCCUUCAGUGGUUCAGGAUGCAGUAUAACUAGACCCAGGUCAUUAGUUUGGUUCUCAUGAAGUUUUUAAGGUUUGGCUUUAUUGUCACUUGAGGUUGAGGAAUAACCAAGCAGCCAGCUGUGGAAGAGUUCUUACUGAAACGUGUGUGGGGAAGCAGUGAGAGAGGAAUGCAGAGCAAUCAGGUUAAGUGUGCUAUUGACACUUCAAUAAAGAGUUGACCUCUGGACAGAAGUAAUGAAUUCAAAUCUGAAAACCUCUUGGGACUCCAGAGCCCAAGGGGAAGUGGAUGUUAGUCAUCUGCUGGUGCAAUCCAAUUUUAGUUAGGGAAAACAUAUUGGCCGGGAACCAUCAUUACCACAUCAAUGUUUUCUCCUUUCAACAACAGGAUUUAUAUUGACGAAUCUAACCUUUCAAAAACAGAAACCUUCUGAAUGUCAGAUCUUGUUAUAGUUGGGAAGGAUCGUUUAUUUAAUCCAUAAAUCAACCAUCCUUCUGUCCCUGAGGGGUAUUUUUUCUAACUGGCCAAAGUUGAAUAGGGAAGUGCAACUGGCUACUUUCUCAAUGCCUAUGCUCUGUCAUUACUGUCACGCAAAUGGGAAGGUUCCUUGUGCUUGAUCAGACUAACGCCGUCAGUCACUGGAAGGAUAUGGAGUGAAUCAGCUUUUGCACACGUCAGUGUGUGUAGGCAGUGAAAUGUUGACUUCGCAGGCUGAGUCACCACUUAAUUGCCCUUGAAAAGGUGGUGGUGACCUGCCGCCUUAAACCACUGCAGUCCUUGAGGUGUGGGUACACCCACAGUGCUGUUAGGGUGAGAGUUCAAGGAUUUGACCCAUCGAUGGUGAAGGAGCAGCGAUGUAUUAUCAAGUCGGUGUGUGGCUUGGAGGGCAACUUUCAGAUGGUGGUGUCCCCAUGCUUUUGCUGCCCUUGUCCUUCUAGCUUGUAGAGGUUGUGAGUUUGAAAGGUGCUGUGUAAGGAGUCUUGUUUCUAAGUUGGGGAUCUGAAGGUGAUAUUUAUUAGAUUAAACGGGCAGCCUUUGGAAUCAGCAUGUGUAGGUUGCAUGUAGUGGGAUGAGGUGGGAAUGGAAGCUGUUCUGCACAUUAAAUGGUGUCUGGAAGUUGGUCUCUGUAGAUUGAAGGGAUUGUAGAGAUGGUGUUUUUAGAUUGUGUUCAGGAGAUAAUAUCUGUAGAUUGGAAGUGGUAUCAAUAUGGGAUGGGUUGGUAUUGUAGAUUGUGUUGCGGUGAGUGUCUGUAGUUUGUGUAAGAUUUGGAGGCUCUGUCUUUUGGGGAAUUUGUUGUAAGAAGAUUAUGUGUGGACAAAAGAUCUGUUAAUGAAGUAUUUUUUAUUACACGCCUGAAGAGCAGUGCCUAUAAAUCUCUGGAGACCUUUGUUGCAGAAACCCAGUACUGCAGCAUUUCUGGAUGUGACCAAAGUGUAAAUGCCUUUAUCUUUUAUAUUGGCACAAGACCACAACACUGAACUGGAAGGAAAUCCACUCAGGCAUUCAGUCUCCCAUUUAGGUGGUGGGUUACUUUUGAUCCUCUCAUUUUCGGAGGGGGUAGUCGUUGAGUUGAUGUGUUCAGAGAGGUGCGCAAAGACCGUUGUAUUGGCAGUUCCCAGACCACCAUCACUACACUGUCUCCCAUCAACUGGAGUCAACAGAAACCAAGAGUCCCUGAGCAAUCACCCAUCCUUGAGCAGAUGUCCAACAGGGGCUCCAAACGUGCACAUCUCUACUGCCUCUGCACUUUAGAAAUCAAAAUAACUUUAAUGCAUAGCUAACACAGAACCUGGCAUGAUUGCAGGUGGGAAUUAAAUCAGUAUGUAUUUCUGUGUUAUUACCACCCUGUCACUGUUUCUUAUCCCUUGUAUUUGAGAGGGAGAAAAAUAGCUAAGCUAUAUAAUAAACACUAUAUGUUUUGGGUAAUUGUGAGGAUUCUUUUGUUUCAAAAUCCUCAGGCCACAGAAAUAAAUUAUAAGUUUCUACUUGACAGAUUAUCAUCAUCUACUUUAUGUUGUGGUACUUAAAAGAAAAUAAUGCAUAUUGUUUUGGAGCAGGUUUCAGGAGACACAUGGCCUACUCCUGCUUCCAAUUUCUCUGUUUCAAUAACAUUUUCCAUCAAUUUGUUUAAAUACGAAACUGCUAAUGGUUUUUGUGGCCUUGAUAUGUAAGAUAAAAAUGUUUGAGAAAAGUUGCUAUUAAACUUUUCUUGGCAAUCAA